AAGACAAGGAUAUUUUGGUAAUUUCAGAAAGUCCAUUUAAUUGAAUCUGCGACUGUCUUUGUCUCUUUCCCAACUCUCUCCCAACAGAGUGGGUCCGUCCGUCAUCAUCACUUUGUUUUGAACUUCGAAUUCACCGAACCCAAAUCCACGCCAAAAAAUUAGUCACUGUAAACCAUUGAACUCCAAAACAAGCCAAAACUCCAGAAGUGAAAAAAAAAAAGACAGGAAAGUGAUGGCUUCCAAUGGUAACCGAAAUGGUAAUGGUACGAUCAAGGGAACAAUUAAGCCUCUGGCUUCAUCGAAUAUCAAAUCAUCUUCAUGCAAAUCAAGAUUUCCUCCUUCGUCGAAUCACUCUCAAGGAUCUGCUCUUCGCCGAACUAGUUCCGCCUCUUCCGCCACCGCCGCUGGAGGUGACGGAGUGCCCGGAAGAGUUCGAGUAGCCGUUAGAUUAAGGCCGCGAAAUGCAGAAGAGUUGAUCGCCGAUGCAGAUUUUGCUGAUUGUGUUGAACUACAGUCUGAGCUUAAGAGGCUUAAACUUAGGAAGAACAAUUGGGAUUCAGAAACAUACGAGUUUGAUGAGGUGCUUACCGAAUUCGCUUCGCAAAAGCGUGUCUAUGAAGUUGUUGCUAAGCCUGUUGUAGAGAGUGUUCUAGAUGGUUAUAAUGGAACUGUUAUGGCAUAUGGCCAGACUGGAACUGGAAAAACAUUUACUCUUGGACGAUUGGGUGAGGAAGAUACAUCUGCUCGUGGAAUAAUGGUCCGCUCAAUGGAGGAGAUUUUAGUAAAUGUGUCUCCGGAAACAGAUUCUGUUUCUGUUUCUUAUUUGCAGCUUUACAUGGAGACCAUCCAGGAUCUCCUUGAUCCGACAAACGAUAAUAUUUCCAUUGUGGAAGAUCCCAAAACUGGAGAUGUCUCAUUACCAGGGGCAAGUCAUGUAGAAAUUAGGGAUGAACAGAGUUUUUUGGAGCUAUUGAAGUUAGGGGAAGCUCAUCGAAUUGCUGCAAAUACAAAGUUGAAUACUGAAUCUUCUCGCAGUCAUGCUAUUUUGAUGGUACAUGUUAAGAGAUCAGUUUUGGGAGCAGAAGAUGCCAUUCCAAGUGAAACAGACAAGUCUUCUCACUUUGUCAAACCUCCAAAGACUCUUGUCCGGAAAAGCAAGCUGGUUUUGGUAGACUUGGCUGGUUCAGAGCGUGUUCAUAAAUCAGGAAGUGAGGGACACAUGUUGGAGGAAGCCAAGUCUAUUAACCUUUCACUGAGUGCUUUGGGAAAGUGCAUUAAUGCUUUAGCAGAGAAUAGUGCUCAUGUGCCAGUUCGUGAUUCAAAACUUACGAGGCUGCUUAGAGAUUCAUUUGGAGGCACUGCUAGAACCUCAUUAAUUGUGACCAUUGGCCCCUCCCCACGACAUCGAGGAGAGACUGCGAGUACAAUAUUGUUUGGUCAAAGGGCUAUGAAGGUGGAGAAUAUGUUGAGAAUAAAGGAAGAGUUUGAUUAUAAAAGCUUGGCUAGAAGGCUUGAAAUACAGCUGGACAAGCUCAUUGCUGAAAAUGAAAGGCAACAGAAGGCUUUUGAUGAUGAAGUUGAAAGAAUAAACUUAGAAGCACAAAACCGUGUCUCUGAGGUUGAGAGAAAUUUCACAGAUGCCUUAGAGAAGGAGCGACUAAAGUGCCAGAUGGAAUAUAUGGGAUCAGUUAAGAAGCUGGAGGAAAAGAUGAUAGAAAAUCAACGAAAGCAUGGUUGUGAUGGUUUCGAGAAGGAUAAAUGUAAUGGAGAGAGGCCUGGUUUUUCCAUUGCUGAGGACGUGGCUGAUGUCAAAAAGCUGCUAGAGAAAGAAAUUCAUAUGAGAAAGGAAGCUGAAGAGGAGGUCAUCAAAUUCAAGAGUCAACUCGGGCAGUGCACGGAUUCAGGGGCAGGUGAAGUUGCUGAAAUCUUAAAGCUCCAAAAAGCUCUAGAGGAUGAGGUUCAUCAAAAAAAGAAGCUUGAAGAAGAAAUAAUCAUACUUAGAAGUCAGAUGUUACAACUAACUUUUGAAGCUGACCAGAUGAGAAGGUGUCUUGGAAGAGGUGGAUCAGGAAAUGCUUAUAAUGGUUUAGAUUCUCCAAUGCCUCAAGUAAGGGACUCUUUAAAUGGACAUAAGACACCAGUUUCUGCACUAUUUGAACAAGUUGGACUGCAAAAGAUCUUGGCUUUGCUCGAGUCAGAAGAUGCCAAUGUACGCAUUCAUGCUGUAAAAGUAGUGGCCAACCUAGCUGCUGAAGAAGCAAACCAGGAAAGGAUUGUUGAAGCUGGUGGUCUUACAUCCUUGCUGAUGCUUCUGAGAAGCAAUGAGGAUGAAACUGUUCGCAGAGUAGCAGCUGGUGCAAUUGCGAAUCUUGCAAUGAAUGAAGCCAAUCAAGAACUCAUAAUGGUUCAAGGGGGAGUCAGUUUAUUGUCUAUUACAGCAUCUGAUGCUGAGGAUCCUCAGACUCUACGCAUGGUUGCUGGAGCUAUAGCUAACCUGUGUGGGAAUGAUAAGCUACAAGCAACGCUGAGGUCUGAAGGUGGAAUUAAGGCCUUGCUGGGGAUGGUGAGAUGUGGACAUCCAGAUGUUCUUUCCCAAGUUGCACGUGGAAUUGCCAACUUUGCAAAAUGUGAAUCCCGUGCAUCAACUAAUGGUGUAAAAAGUGGGAGAUCACUUCUUAUUGAUGAUGGUGCACUUCCAUGGAUUGUACAAAAUGCUAACAAUGAUGCUGCACCUAUUAGGCGACACCUUGAGCUUGCACUGUGUCAUUUGGCGCAGCAUGAAGUAAAUGCAAAGGACAUGAUAAGUGGAGGUGCCCUCUGGGAGCUGGUCCGCAUAUCACGGGAUUGUUCUCGAGAAGACAUCAGAAAUCUUGCUUGUCGAACUUUGAGUUCAAGCCCCGUGUUCCGAGCUGAAAUGCGGCGGCUAAGGAUAGAGUUGUGAUUGAGGUGAACUCAUGCUUCUUGUAACCUUUUCUACUAGUGAUCGAUUUAGGGGAACAACAAAUCUCGCCACUGUAUAGGCUAAGGUCGAGAUUAUUUAAUCCCCUCAACGCUGAAAAAGCAUCUAUAGGGGGCACUUGCUUCCCCACAAAUUUCAUGUAAAGGAAAUGUGCCGGGUUUGUAAUCUAUGUUUUCUAGGUUCUUCAUUAAGCUUAGCAUAUAUAUGUUUCUGUAGGUGAAGGCGGAAAAACGAAAGAGGUUGAGAUGAAGACAAAUUUUGUCGGCGAUGGAGUCAAAUUUACCAUUUUCUUGUAUUUUUUACUGAUCUAAUCUAUAAGUGGGACUCAUUAUGUAUUCUCUGAAGUUCCACUACUUGUAUAAACUGAUUUAUAUUU